AUGAGGUCAUUUGUUAAAUCCUGGAUUCCUCAGUGCUUGCAGAUCCUCAGGUCGCCUUGCAGAUUAUUCCAUGGAUGUAACAGGCUUCUUACAUCUCAGAUUAUUUCAUACUAUGACUCUGUAAACCGGUGUGAAAAGGAACUGCCAGAAUAUUUCAACUUUGCAAGUGAUGUCUUGGAUAAGUGGUUGCAACUUGAAAAGGAUGGAAGACGACCAGCAAAUCCAGCUUUUUGGUGGGUAAAUGAGGAAGGAGAAGAGGUGAAGUGGAGCUUUGAAGAGUUGGGAUUCCUGUCCAGGAAAACAGCUAAUAUACUUUCUGAGACAUGUGGCUUGCAGAGAGGAGACAGAGUUAUAGCAGUUCUGCCUCGUGUUCCUGAAUGGUGGCUACUGAAUGUGGCCUGUAUGCGAACAGGAAUUGUCUUUAUUCCAGGAACAUCCCAAUUAACAGCCAAAGAUAUUUUAUACCGACUCCAGGCUUCAAAGGCCAAGUGCAUCGUUACCAAUGAUACACUGGCACCUGCAGUAGAAUCUGUCAUGUCUGAAUGCCAUUUUCUGAAAACCAAAUUAAUUGUAGCCAAAGGGAGCCGAGAUGGGUGGCUGAACCUCAAAGAACUCUUUGCGGUGACAUCUGCUGACCACAAAUGCGUCAAGACAAGAAGUCGAGACCCAAUGCUGAUCUAUUUUACUAGUGGAAGUACAGGUUCUCCAAAGAUGGUGGUACAGUCUCACGGCAGUUACGGCAUCGGAUUUGCAACCAGUGGCAGGUACUGGAUGAACUUGACUCCCUCAGAUAUAAUGUGGAAUACCUCUGAUACUGGCUGGGUAAAGGCAGCUUGGAGCAGUGUUUUCGCACCAUGGAUCAAUGGAUCAUGUGUUUUUGUACACAGUUUGCCAGAGUUUAAACCAGCAGUUAUUGCAGAGACUCUCUCAAGAUACCCCAUCACCACCUUUUGCACUGCCCCCACUGCCUACCGCAUGCUUGUCCAACACUGUCUGAGCAGCUACAAGUUCAUGAGUCUGAAACAUUGUUUGUCUGGAGGGGAAGCACUCAAUCCUGAAGUGAUGGAGCAGUGGAAAAUCCAAACAGGGCUGGAUAUCUAUGAAGGCUAUGGCCAGACUGAAACAGUAACAAUAUGUGCCAAUAUGAAAGGAAUGAAAAUUAAACCUGGCUCUUUGGGAAAAGCUGUUCCCCCUUACGAUGUGCAGAUCAUAGAUGACCAUGGAACUGUUGUGCCUGUAGGAAAAGAAGGCAACAUCGCUAUUCGAGUUCAACCUGAACGACCAUUCUGUAUGUUCUCUGAGUACAUGGAUAAUCCAGAGAAAACUGCUGCAUGCAUGUCUGGAAACUUUUAUGUCACUGGGGACAGAGGGAUUAUGGAUGAGGAAGGAUAUGUCUGGUUUGUUGGAAGAUCUGAUGAUAUAAUUAAUUCUUCUGGGUAUCGUAUUGGUCCCUUUGAAGUUGAAAGUGCCUUAAUACAGCACACUGCAGUCAUGGAGUCAGCUGUUGUUAGCAGUCCUGAUCCCAUUCGAGGGGAGGUAGUCAAAGCCUUCAUUGUUUUGGCUCCUGCUUUUGUAUCACAUGAUCCAGAAAAACUAACUCAAGAUCUUCAGCAACAUGUCAAAAAGGUGACUGCUCCUUACAAGUAUCCAAGAAAGGUGGAAUUUGUUCAGGCUCUGCCAAAGACAGCUACUGGGAAAAUCCAGAGAAAGGUUCUAAGGAACAAAGAGUGGGGAAAAGCAUAAGAUUAAUGGAAAUGGAGGAGGAGAGAAAAUUUCCAUCAUCCAUACCAGCCAUCGCAGUUAUUGGACUUGGCAUGUUGUCAUGACCCAGAGCACUAAGAGAAUGUAUGGAAGAACAAGCUACGGGGGGAGAAAAAGGAGGUAAC